AUGCGCCUAAUCAACGUCAAGACAUACGAGCUAGAAGAGUUUCUCGACAAACCCCCCAACUUCGCGAUACUAUCGCAUCCUUGGGGCCACGACAGCGAGGAGCUGACUUUCCGCGAUGUUGAGGAGGGGAGGGUCCACGAGCCCGGCGUAGGGUCGGCUAAGCUCCUGGGAAGCUGUCGACAAGUCGUGGCAGACGGCCUCGGAUACGUCCGGAUUGAUACCUGCUACAUUAACAAGACGAAUCUGGUCGAGCUUAGCGAGGCUAUCAAUUCCAUGUCACGAUUAUAUAAAGGUACUUCCCUUUGCUAUGCCUACCUGUGGGAUGUUCCUGACGACGACAGGCCCGACAAACCCGGCUCCAAGUUCCGCACAAGCCGAUGGCCGAAAACCCCCCAGGUGCGCAGUGCGAGCGUUGCACAGCGCAUGUCAUGGGCUGCCGGGAGGGAGGCCAAGAGGAAGGAGGACAUCGCAUACUGUCUACUGGGAAUUUUCGGCGUAACAAUGCCCAUGAUAUAUUAUGGCGAGGGUGGCGAGCAGGCCUUCCCCCGACUGCAAGAACAGAUCACGAAGAAGACGAAAGAACGAUUCUAA